AUGUCGUCGGAAAAACACGGUAAGCUGUUUUAUCUUGAUUUUCACUUGUUUUGGAGCACAAUCUGGCCAUUUUUUAUUAAGAUGUGAGGAUUUUUAGCAUGUUUGAUCGGUGAACAGGAUGCCGAUAUCUUUUUAUCGGUGUAAUCUGCAUCUCCAUCCGCUGUCGGUGUGCACACAGAGCUGUUCCUGUAGGAUGAUGCGCUGCUGUGUGGGUGCAGCCUGCGGGGGGAAAGCACCCAUUUAGGGCCCCUUAUUGAAACAAGGGGGUUAAAGUGGUACCAAGAGACUUACAGGGGCUGUAUUUGCAUGACAGGUUAAUCACUUGGGGUGUAUUUUGUAGUCAAUGCAUUAGAACUACAAGUAUCUAGAUGAUAAGGAGCAACGUUGUAGUUUGUGAUAUUGCAUUUUGUUCAUUUUUCAGUGUCAUAAUCCUUACGCAAAGGCCCACGUAAAUUUCUCCUUACUGUAGACAUGAGUGUGGGUGUCCUCUGCGCGUGCACGACUCGUCUUGCGCGUGCCUUCCAGCCUUAAUUAAUAAUCCUCAUCGUCUGCUGCACUAAAAAUAAAAAAAAGAUCGAUUUAUCAUGAGUCCGGUUUUCUUCUCAUAUCCUCUAUGAUGUUAAAGUAAUGUUAGAGUAAAUGGUGACGCAGCAUUAGCUUAAAAUAGAUGGAUAAAGGUCAAAAUGAGACGCAGCAAGUUUUUUUAAAAGAAACUGAAAAGCUGAGAGACUGCAGUUUUAGCUGAAAAUAGGUUAACAAAAAAAUAGCUGUCUGAAAAGGUUAUUUUUGAGCAUACUGUUGGCUAAGGGAAAUAUUGUGGAGGUAAUACAUGGAAUAGUACGGAAGCCUAGAAGGUCAUGCUGUUUUCCCAUGUUAGCAUGUUCAUUAGCAUUAUAAUGAUAAAGUCAUAACUUUUUAAGUUAUUAGGCAUUGAACAGCUAAAUUUAUAGAUCAUUAUUAUGGCCAAUGGCAGCCUAGCAUGCUGUGGUCUGGCUGUUUUUGGUCUUACGGCCGCUAGAAGGUUAGCAAGUUCAACAUACGCGGGCUUUCUUUGAGUUAGCUAGUUCGAAAAAGCUAAAAGCUCCCAUGACAGUUAUUUGGUAUCACAAAAUUAGUUAUGAACUUUAAAACAGACUUUUUGUUACAGAUUUGUGUGACCUCAACAAUACGGUUGUGAUAAAUAUCAAUAGCAGGGUUGCCAAGUUUCAGAAAAUGACAAGAGUGAGACGCUAGCAUUAUGUUUUCAGCUGCGCACAAUUUUUUUUUUUUUGCCUUUUCAACGUCAGUUUAUACCUUAACACUGAUGUCCUUGCCUCCAUGCCAGCUGCUCUCCCCAAUGCUACUCUUAAUUAACCAGAAAUUAGAAAUGAAAAUUGUAACAAGAAUUUUGACAAAACACUUUUAUUUGUCAAUAUUGCAUUACGUCGAGUGUGUUUUAAACAUAGACUGUGUAUAGGAUGGACACCAUCUGCCUCCUCACUGGGUGAAGCCACUCCGAGAACAGCACACCCUGGUGACGAGCUGCAGUAUAGGUCAUAAAUCCCGCCUCCUCCAACAAUCUCUAUGAAGCUGUGGACAAACUUUAGAAAUUUAUUACACAGAAUAUAAAUUUUUCUUCCCCCUGGUUGCGAUAUUGACAUGUAGUUAUUGUCAGACUGGUUUGUGCUCAAGUCAUUUUUUUUCUGUACAGCUCAGUUUUUAAAAGUUAUUAGGGGGUUCAUGUUUUCUAUGAUUGACACUUGAUACAGCCUAUGGGGGUACGAAGAUUGUAUAGCUCACCCAGGGGAUUCACUGUUUGAGCCGAAUGUGCACAAUGCUACUGCGCAAUGUUGGUUUUAGGAAGUGAAGAAAAAACACAGAAUUACCGAGAGCUUUUCGGCUUCAAAUCCGUAUACUGGCGGAAGAUGGAAUCGAGUUGUCCAUACAGUCUAUGGUUUUAAAUGUCGAUGCUGUUGUGUGUGAAAGAUAGUUAGAGACGCCAAGACCUGCCUUAUGUUGCUUCUGAUUGGUUUACAUUGCGUAGUGCCUUCCAUGGUUGGUUAAAUUUAGGCACAAAGGACUGAUGGAUUGGUGUGGGAUUGGUUAUCUUGGUCAGUCAAUCAGAGUUUCUCAAACUAUGGCAAGCCAAGUUUAUUAUCAUGAAAAAGAUAAAUACAGAGUAUUGAAUGGGGAAAAAUAAGUGUGAGAAAUGUCAAGUGUUGCGUGUGGUGUGAGAAUGGGUCAAACUGCGUGACUGUCACACUCAAAGCGUGACGCUUGGCAGCUCUGAUACUGUGAUUACAUUGGACUAGUGGGCCAACUGGAUAUCUAAUUGGUUCAUUAUCUAUUAAAUCAGUGAAAAAUAUCAACAGGCUAAUACAUUUUGUGCGGUUUAACAGACUUGACAGGACUUGCGGGUCAAACAUUAAACUGAUAUAACAGUUAGAUGUUGUGUUAUAGUUCUUUUACUGUACCAAUAGUUUACUGAAGUAUAAAGGGCAUCAUCUGGCAUUUCUUCAUGAAAUUGCAAAUUGUUAAUCCAGUUUCAAGCGGUAACUCUGACCAAAACCUGGUCCCAGCCAGGUCAUCAGUCUACAGCAACAUGACGUGGAAAACUGGCUUUUUUCUUCUAACAUUGCUUUGUAGUACACCUAAAAAGUUAUCCUGCUAUCACUAGAAAACAAGCUUUUUUACUUUGAGAUAAUCAUGAGUAAUAGGAACAGAAAAACCAGCUCUGCUACCCAGACAUAACAAGAACAAUAGGUUCUAGAACUCGUUAAACAACUAAUAUUAGGUCCUCAUCACAGAAAACACGAGUUCUACCUCCAGAUAAAGAGAUAAAUAAACAGAGAAAGAAAAGAAACUUAGAUUUUCUGGAAAUUGUUUGAAUGUUGAAGGGAUGUAUGUCCUCUUAGGGCUUCCAUAGCAUUCAGUUUAGUCUGGUUAAAUUCAGCAAUGCUCUGUAUGCUGCUCUUAUGACAGGUAAAACUAGACCUGUUGUCACUGGACAGGUGAUGUAACUUAUAUGGUGUUAGACUUUAACUGUUCUCUAGACGAAAAAUGAUAAAGAUACACAAAUAUCACUAGAAAUUGGCAAAGAUGAGUCAAGCAUUAAACUGUAAUGCACAUCUAACUGGUUGGUGAAAAAGACGUUAGAAGUAUGUUUAAAGCAGCAACCAACAACAUUUGUACAUUUUCUUCUAAGUAAUGCAACUGCAGUAGAAUAAUCUCUAGCAUGGGAUAGAAAACUGGUAGAAUUAUUCAUAAAAUAGCCUUAAGUCAUUUUCAUCUUGUUGAAAUUGGUCAGUUUAGCUCCUAUUUAGCUCUUACCUGCAAGCCCCUAAGGUCUUGUAGCAAUCUCAAUGAAUUCACACAUUAAACUCUGCUAGUACACGAGCUUUGCGAGUCAGAGUUUUAUUUUUAUUCCUUGUGUAUCAUGGAUGCUACUCAUAGCCAAAUUUUCUGACAUUUUCCGUCUCAUUUUAACACAAUUUAAGCUAAAAUUACGCAACUCUCUGGCAGAUUUUGGAUUUUUCACACUUAAAAAUCAAGAAAAUACCAACAUAUUUUUCCGUCUUUCAUGUUUGCCAACAUCAUGACCUUUGUAGAGGUGUCUCUUCCCUCUCUCUGUGGCUCUCUUCAUCUUCUCGGUCUGUUUCUGGUCCAGUUACUGCUUGUGACAGAGUUGGAGGUCCGUUACAUAAAGCCUGGUCCCCGAGCGCAAGUUGUCAUCCCUCAUCACUCACCCCGCUCUCCGACUGCCUCUUUCUUUCUCCUUCCUCCUCCCGCUCCUCCUCCUCCCGUCUCUGUCAGAAUACAUCACCACACCUCGACCACCUACCUGCUGUAAAAACAUGACACCCCAUCAGUCAUUUUGUGUGUUAAGAAACACAAGGGGAGAGAACUAAGUGAGCAUGAGAUGUGAAGACGUCCGAAAUCAGAUUGAUGCUUCCAGUGGUGUACAAAUCACUCAAACCUUUAACUUCAGUGAACAAAAUGAUGAAAUCAUAGGGAAAAAAAACAACUUUAAAAAUCCAACUGAAGAAUCUGUGAAAUACUUUAGAGCUCCUGUGAGAAUUUAUCAGCUGGUUCUUAAAUGGACUGAAAUACAUGAUGAUGCGUCUUGAUUACCAACAUGAGCAAAUAAGCCUGGAAUUGAAAGACUGAUCAUUUCUACAACGCAGUUUUGAAUAAUACCUGAAACUGCAGCUGCAGGUUAGGAGUCAUACAAAGUGAUUUACGACCAACACUGCUGAAACCUCUGAAAAGUCAGGAUAGAUUCGAGGGUCAUGAAGUUCUUCUUCAUUAAUGUAAACUGGUUAUUUAGACUUUAUCUAUGUAACACUGAACCAAAAGGAGACCCAGAUGCAGACUCACAGGCGGGCAAAAUCAAAGUCCGUUUAUUCCAAAAAAGCAAGGCAGAGGUAUCCAAAUCGACAGGCAAGAGGCUGAGUCAAACAAUACUGAAGGAGGUUAAAACACUGAGGCAAACACUUGAAAUAUAUGCUGGAACUCUGAGACUUUAGGACAAGAUAAACUGGCACAGAGGAGAGGGAAAGCUGGGUGUAAAUACAGCAGGGCAGUGGGGUUAACGAGACACAGGUGAGACACAUCAGGGUAAUCAGGGGAGAAGGUUACACAAGGAGGAAGAGGUCAAUGGACCUGAAACAAAGGACAAAAAAAGCAACUUAACUAAUCAAGAGAUGUGACACUCUAAGGUAAAUCUGCCCACAAACUUGUGUAAUUGUGACCACAAGAGAAGUUUUGGAAUUUGGUUUUUAAAUAGGGACAACCUUUACUUAUACAUGCCCUGUCAUUAUUUUUCAAAUCAUCAGCAUGGGUAGCCAUGACGAUUCUUCUUACAGCUUCUUUAAGUGGUCUAAAUCUAGACUUCAAAUCUUGGUAUCAUAUUCUUUCAACAAGUUACUUCCACUUGAGUUUGCUCUUUCCGUUCACACUGUAAGAUCCUUUCUGUACUGUGAUAGUUUCAGACAUGACAAAAAAUCAGAGAUACUGAAAUAAGCAUUUCCCCUGGACCUAACUCACUUCACCUGUAACUGCCCCAAAGGAUUACACUGUCGUGAUCACAGCUGUGUCGUGUCUGGAGAAGACACUGGAUAAAAAAUUCCCACUGAAAUUUAAGUCUUUUUUUUUUUGUAAACACAGUGGUGACAGAACAGAUUGUCUGUGAUGGCAUUUCUCUGGGAAAAAUCUCUCAGAUAGUGGCGCAUCGGUGUUUGGUCUGUGAGGAAGUCCUCUGAGAAAUCCUCAGAAAUAGAGAGAAGAAGUUUUACCUCUAGAGGAAGACAAAUAAGGGAAAGCAACUGUCAGCGUGGACCUGCAGUUACCCCUCAUCGCCAGAGGUGCCACCAAAGACAAGUUUGAAGUUUGAUUCAGUGACAUUUAUAUUAAACUAGACAGUGAAUAUCUUUUUCAUACUUUGGUUUUCAAAACAAGAAGAUGCAUCCCAGGGCUUAAAGGGAUAUUCUGGCAUUGAAUUAAGUUAAGGUCAAACACUGUAACACCGAGUUAGACACCCCGUCGAGAGGUGAAUGUUGCCGACCGCUUGCUUCUCUAGUUAUACCAACUUUAGUAACAACCACAGAUAGCAAUACAGAGAGCCACGCACUCAACCAAAAAGCCACUCUAUAGCCACAAAUAAUGCUCAGAACAGCACCUAACUUCAUCAACAGCACAUAUAGGGUCCCAGCCACAGCACUAGCCACCAAACUUUUUAACUUUGCCUAAUUUCUUUAGCAAAGAGAUUAAACACAACUCACCAACUCUCUUCCAGCAGCCGCUUGUUUGUAGCGAGACCUCAGGCCACAUGAGCUGCGUCACCCCGCAGCAGUCCGUAAUGGACUGACCGGAGGUCUCCCUACAAACAAGCGGCUGCUGGAAGAGAGUGGGUGAGUUGUGUUUAGUCUCUUUGCUAAAGAAAUCAGGCAAAGUUAAAAAGAUGUUUGAUGGCUAGUAAUGUGGCUGGGACCCUAUAUGUACUGUUGAUGAAGUUAGGUGCUGUUCUGAGCAUUAUUUGUGGCUAUAGAGUGGCGUUUUGGUUGAAGGCGUGGCUCUCUGUAUUGCUAUCAUUACUAAAGUUGGUAUAACUAGAGAAGAAAGCGGUUGGCAACAUUCUUCUCUCGAGGGGGUGUCUAACUCUGUGUUACGGUGUGUUUGACCCUAACUUAAUUUUGCGCCAGAAUAUCCCUUUAAUGUUGAGUGUGUAUGCUAAUCGCUGAUGAUUACAUGUACAGCCCGCAGUAUGUAAGUUAGCGAUAGAAAACCAGCUGGAAACACUAUUUUCUCUUAUUAUUAUUAUGAGCACAAUGAUGCACCUGCAUCACUGUUCUGUUUGGUUUGUCAAUCAUAAUGUGAUUGGUCUAAAGGUCAAACAAGCAAAAUUAUCUGUUUUUUUCAUUAAGUGUUUGGAAAAGGUUGGAAUUAAUUAUUGUUUUUUUUUUUUCGUGGGGGUGGGGAGUGAUAAACAUAUAUUAAAAAUUUGAAGACGAUUUCUAAAGGCUUUCUUGAUAAUGCACCCUCCGCCACGGAACGACAGACUGUCAGGUGAGUUUUUCAUUUCUCAAAUGUCACAUUCAGAAGUAAUAAUUACAUCGUCUUGAAAGGAGAAGGCGAGAGAGCAGAGUGUUGGUUCUGCUGAGGUAAAAUGUCAAUCUCUGUCAUCAUUAGCACACAGGCGGCACAGAUUUUCUGUCUCUCAAGUCAUUGUGAGAACCUGUGGUCUGUGUAAUAUUUUCCCUUUUCUCACGUUGAAAUGAGCUCAGUCGACAUUCAGACAAAAGUGCUUCAACCGUGUCGAGUUAGAUAACGUGCCCUCACUUUCACAUCCCUCUCUUUUUUUCUUCUUCCUCUGCUUUUUCUAUUUGUGUUUCCUUCCUACAUGCUGUUUUCUAAUCUUCCCUCCAUUAUCUUCUUUUCCUUUUCUCGCAGGUCUCGAUGAGUCCAGCCGUCAGACCAUGCAGCCUCCUCCGUACCUCCCCGGCCCACAAGACCCCAAUGUCCCCCAGCUUCCCAACAUGCAGCCUGCUCCAGGCACCCAGCCUAACUACCCUCCACCACCUCCUCCUCCGGGAUCAGAGGGAUACCUCCAAGAAACCCAGUUCCACUGUGCCCCCAUGGGACCACAGGGCGCUCCACAGGGAUUCACGGUCCAGACGCAGGGCCCUGGUGGCACCCUGCCUCACCCCCCUGUAGGAUACCUCCACCCAGGCUACCCGCUCCAGCUGCAGCCCUGCACGGCCUACGUACCCGUCUACCCCAUGGCAUCGGUGAGUCAGAGACGAGUAAAGAUUUCACAGGUCUGACAUCAGACUGAGCGGAUUACGCCAGACUCUGAUUUAUUGAACAUUUUGUCCUCAUGUCAGAUCAUAGCCAAGAGUUCUGCUGAUUUGAUGGCUGAAAGAGGUCGUCUCGCACUGUUUUUAAGGAAGUUUCUUUGAAAGAUGCGUGUAAUUAAAAGGAAACUACAGGCUGAGGUCUGCUGUUUCUAGAUGUGGAGCUGAUUUAUAGAAGAAUUUUUACCAUCAAGAACUUCACUGAAGCACAAAAACUGCAGAUUAUCUCUAAUAGGCCGGGGAGAGGCGUUUACUCAUGCAGGGAUGGCAUGAAUUACAUAAUUUACUUACACAAUUGCAUAAUAUUUCUUAACCUUUUCUGUCACAUUUCUGCUUUAACUACUAUCCUUACAGUACUCUACAGAUAUUUUAUUCUUGUGUAUUAUUUAGGAAGUAUCAGAACUAAUGGAGAGACAACAUACCAAUCCUCUGAGAAAAGGCAUAAAUGAAUAAGCAGAUAAAAAAUAAAAUGCUAAUUUUUUCACAGCGUUUUGUCCCAAAAGGUCGCUAAUGAAAGUAUUUUUGACAUCUGACCAUGUGUGGGAGUUUUCUUGCGAAUUUUGAUAGACCCAUUUUCCACUCUCCUCCACACCUGUCUAAUAACAGAGAUGUUAGAAGUACUUUUCUUCAAUUUAGUGUACUUCUGAAUGAAUUUUUUUAAGCUAAUUUGCAUUACUUGCCCUCAGAGGGGCUCCCAUGCAAAGUGGGGGUAUAUUUAUAUUGCAUUUAAUGUAUUAUUUCUCUUUAUAUAAGGCGUUAUGAUCAGCCAAAAGCUCCGAAAGCAAAAAGAGAAAGAAGAAGUGGGAAACAGAGCAGUAUACACCAGAUAAAAUGGCUCAAAAGACUUGUCAAAAUGACACCAAUCACUCUCUAACUUAUUAGUAUUUACAGUAAACUCUUCUAGAUCAGUAGUUUCCAAACUGGGUGUUGGGAAAGAUGCCAGCAGGUCAUUUUGGGGUUGUAAGAAAAACUCUUCAUUAGGACUGAUAAUCGAGAAGUCUACCAUCAGCUCUCGAAUAUGCAAACAUGAGUCCAUGUGGUUAAUCCGUUCACAUUUAAAUCUUUCAACCAGAACUGAAAACUUUAAGAGAACAUCCAAUUUUUACUUUUUACUUCUCCAUUUUGCCGACCUGUGGUUAUGAGUCAUCUAACAACUGAAAGUGUUGUUUUGCCAAUACAGGUCCCACCAUCAAGUGUACUGAAUUUCAAACUAGAGCUGUGGUUCGGUUCAGCUCACCUCGUGAGUCAUGUUCAAUAAAACACAUUUUUUCACUGAUGAAAUCCACGUGCGUGAACGGGACUAUAGGGCAAAUGCAGCAAACCUAGAACCUCUUCUGUUCCUGCUUUAGUACUCAGACAGCUGGUUCAUAGAGGUGGUCAGAGGUGGCAUGAGCCCUCUUUAGGAUCUGAUCUGCCACCCCCAGGGUCACCCUACAAAUGUAGACCAAAGUUUCCUCUUUUCAGAAGCAAAAACAGGACUUUUUGUGUUUUCUUAGUUAAAAAUGUUAACACAGAAAUCUCAAUACUUGAAUGUUAGUAAAUGAAGCGAUUUCCAUCAAGGGAGAAGGAAUAGUGGUUAAAUACUGGCCACCCUAGUUGAGUCACAGCCACCCGGGUCAGAAAACCUGGACACACCCCUGUCUGUAAACUGCUCCUCUGAUUUUUAAAGCACUUCUCACUUUCUCCUCUGCUCAGGGUCAGCCCUACAUGCCAGCUGCAGGAGGCCACCCAGCGAUCCCACCCGGCCAGAUCCAUCCCAUGCAAAUGCCUCCUAGCAUCACCCUAAUGGACCGCCGGCCGCCUCAUGACUACCUGCCCAUCGCCGUGCUCACCACCGUCUGCUGCUUCUGGCCCACAGGCAUCAUUGCCAUCAUCAAAGCCGUGCAGGUAAUGACACUUGAUGAAAUCUUUUGAUCUGUCAGGCUUAUUAACAUAUUGUGGCCCUUACAAGAGACUUUGUAGUGUAAAUGACCCUCACAGUCAUUUUAUCCUCAGACAUGUGCUUUGAUUUUAUGUUAAUUCCAGGAAACAGAUGGAUACUUAAAUUCCCACAUAAUUUAAACCUCAUUCCUCAGUAUAUAAAUGUGGUAUACACAUGCAUGUCCUUCUGUGGACAAAAUAACCUCAAAGGUAUUUCUGCGCUUGAUUAAAAGCACUUUCAUAGCUUCAAAAAGCUCCAAGGGAAGCAUCUAAAUACAUCGUUCAUAUUAGAUUCUUAACGCAUGCAUGUGCAGCCCAAACUCCAAAAGUCUUAGUAAAAUAUUGACAAAAACAGGUGAUUACUGUGUAGCAUCACCUCUCUACUCUGUUUUGACGGUCCCAUUCAUAUUUUUAUGUUGUGAUGCUUUCAAUGGGUGGACUGCACUCAGACUCUUCUGCAGAGGCAUGAUGCUUUCAUACAUACAAAUUAUGCAAGGUCUAACCUGUAAAGGUAAUGUCUAGCUGAUCUUAACUCAAAUCUGUUUACACAACAUGUCACAUAAACACUUUUUACACAUACAUUCAUGCACUGACAAAGGUGCUCAGCAGCCUAUGAGUAACCCUCAACACUCAGCCAUGCACCUAUGUCUAUGCCUUCAAGGACACUUCAACAUGUAGGUCACAGGCACUUGGACUGGAUUAGAUGGACAGCAGAAGAAUAAAGCCACAGUAAAGUCAGGAAAUGAUUUACCAUGCUAAGUGAACUAUGCCACCGCGCCGUCAUUACACCUACACAUCUCAGUACACCUCUGCAUUAGAGACAUAGUUUGCUCUUUUAUAAGCCUUUCACUGAUGUGAUCUCACUCACAAGUGAAGUUGAGCGUGAUGCCAGACAUGUAAAGGCUCAGUCUGGUGGCCCUCAUGCCUGUUGUUUGCUUUUUUAAUGGCAGACUAUGCUGACCAACAUGCACACAACACACUACAUUACGUAACUGCACCAUUGUCACUGCAACAGGAUCAAAUGGAUUUUUUCCUCUGGGCCAGUUCAGCUGGCUUUGAGCUGAGUUGAGCUGACAAGGCAUGGACCCGCCGGUCUGAGCUGUGUGUGAUGCUAUGCUGCGUUAAUGUUGUGGAGUGUGGCCUCUUUCUGCACAUCGGGCUUGUGCUGCAGUGAAAUCGAUCCAUUCAUGGUGUUUUAGACUCUCUCCUGCUCUCACUCAUGCGUCCUCUUGUUACGUAACGUCUAAUUUUCUCCUUUCUCUCUCACUCUCUCUCCUACACACCCGUCCCUGCCCUGCUGCAUCAUUUAGGUGCGUACGGCGAUAGCCAGAGGGGACAUGGUGACGGCGGAAAUAGCCUCCCGCGAGGCACGCAACUUCUCCUUCAUCAGCCUGGCUGUCGGUAUCGCCUCCAUCGUGCUGUGCACCAUCCUCACGGUGGUAGUCAUCAUAGCCUCCCAGCACCAUGACGACGACUGGGAACCAUAA